CGUGAAACUGGAGCUCCCAAAUGAUGAAGUAGAAAAGCUCCAGAAACAGAUGAGGGAAGGCGAAGAGCUCAUAUGCAGGUUUGUCGAAACUGCGUUGGUGGAAUCGUAUCAAGUCUCGUUACAUAGUUCAGCUUGUUGAAUUGGAUGCGUCUCUUAAAGGGCUAUUGAAACAUAUAGUGAUGCAGCAAGCAAGGGAUAUUAAGGAGAACUUGCUUGUGGUCAAGCAAACUGCUAAACAACUUGUUCAGUUCCAAGAGUUCAAUGAAAGACUGUUAAGAGAACGGACUUUGCUGCAAGAAGAUGCGAGAGGUUUGCAGGAGAAGUUUGUUUUGCAACUGCAAAACAACGGGGAACAGCUGCUUCAAUUGCAACGAGUGAUAGAGGACAUGAUGAUGCAGCAAGAAGCAAGGGGAGUGACUGAUAGCGAAACAGGGGAUCUGGUUGGAGCGGCUGCUCUGGUGACACUAUUUAAGGUGCUGUUUCAAAAUGUUCAGCACCUGUCCAAACAGAAUGUCACAUAUAAACCCGUCCUCAGAAAUAUCAAAUCGACUCUAGACUCUUUAGUACCACUGAUCGAAGGGAUAGAGGAGACCAAUCGGUUCUUGAGCUAUAGCGAGAAGAGGCAGAUCCAUCGUCUUGCAAUACAAAUGCGAGCUCGUGUAGAGCUCUUUCGCAGGUGCUCGAAGGUUUCUACUUGGAACAUCUACAAGAGCUUGUCAUACAGCAACAAACUUAUUCAAUGGGACGAAUCUCUACAAAGACUGAUUCCACAGCAUUACGAACAACCAGGUAGUGCACCUGCCCAUUUUACAUAUGACAUCUGAUUGGAUGACAGAUGAGGGAGUGUAUGCAAGAAUUCUUGAACUUCUAUCAAGCGAUUAGCUCGAUGUCCCAUAUUACAUAGAUGUAAUUUCAUGGUAAAAAGAUUUAAGACAUACGAAAUCAGUUACUCUGAUCUUCAAGCUUACUAGUUGUAUUUUC